UAAGAAUUCUCUUACUUAGUAACUCAAAUCGAAAAGCCCUCUCCCUCCCUCUCUCUCUCUCUCUCUCUCUCUCUCUCUCUCAUAACUCCUCUUCCUCUUCAAUGGGAAAGCGAGUGGGAAGCAGUACCUGUUCUCUCUCUUCACCUCUGAAAAAACCGAAGAAGAAGACGGCAGAAACACCAUGUCUACCUGAAGACAUCAUCCACUGCAAAAUCCUCCCACGGGUUCCUCUCAAAUCAUUGUUUAGGUUCAAAUCCGUCUCCAAAACCUGGAAUCGAACAAUCUCGGACGACCCUUUAUUCGCCCUGCGGCAAUCUCUACACAGCAAAUUCUCAUGCGCGUCCACAAUCUCUGUAAACAGAAAGAAGGGCGGGCGCCUCGUUGUUCUGUCUACGUUCGAAGAAAGCCCUGUUGGCAUCCCUGACCCUUUUCUUCGUUUCAUAGGCGACAAUGUCAGCCCCUUGGCCAUCUUGUCCUCCACCAACGGCCUCCUCUGCAUCCGCUGUCAUGAUAGUUCUAGACAACAAGAAUUCUUGUACGUGUGCAAUCCUGCAACAAUGAAGGGUACGUGUGUUCCUGCACCUGAGGGGAUGCGCAGUUUUGUGGCUGUAUCUGUUGGACUCGCAUUUGACCCUUCAGUAUCACUGGACCGCUAUGAGCUCGUCCAUCCUAUUCGAAGCAAUGGGGUGAACCAAACAGUGGAGUACCGGUUCAAGGUGCUCUCAUCUCGUCGCAGAGAGUGGAUCAAGUCUGAUCAGGUUGUGGUAUUAGGAGAAGGAUACCCGUGGAAAGAGUCCAAGCCUGUUUUUACGAAAGGGGUUUUGUACUGGUACUGUGACGAUUACUUGUUAUGGUUCGACUGUAACAACGAGAUCUCAGGCUACACACUCAUGCCUGGGGAACUUCUGAGUUUCACCCAGCAGGACAUUGGCGUUUGCAGGGAUCGAGUGUCGUUAACUCGACUCUCAGACAAGGGUCUGGAAGUGUGGACGAUGACCGAUAGACAUGGAUGGGAGAAGAUGUAUGAAACGAGGUUAGAGACGAUGGUGGAAGGCAACAUUGAUUUGUUUGGUUCGUUCUGGACGACGAUGACGCUGAGGAGCAGGGACAAGGUAUCGAAGGGGCUCGUAAAAAGGUAUCGGAUGCAGCCAUUGCCGUUCGAAGGCGGGGGGAGGGUGUUGCUCAGAGUGAGGGUGAGGAAUAGUCGUUAUAAUGGCGACGGUGAGAAGGAGAAGGUGUUGAGUUAUGAUGUGAAGACUGGGAAGAUGGGGAUGGUGCUUUAUGAGGGGGGGUUGUUUCAGGAGUGGCAACAGGUUUUUGGAUACAAUAACAGCAUGGUUCCUUUUCAAGUGAUGCGUUGAAAUAUUGCUGUGACUUGGGUUCAGUUUGCGACAUUUUUGUCAAGAGAUGUAGGAGAUAUUUGUUAUUGUUAUUUCAUUCG